GUUGCUUUCCUCCUACUUUCUGUGGUGUGUGUGUGUGUGUGUGUCGGCCCAUUUGAGCCGGGAUCUCCUCCCCAGCCUGACGUCAAUAUCCCGGGGCGGUGCACACACUCACACCCUCAGACAGUGGGGCAGAGGCUCGGAAAGCAGCUGGACGGUCCGGAGUGAUGGCCGGUAUUCUGGCCUUGCAGAGUCCGCACUGGUUACCCAGUCAUGUCCAGGUCACCGUGCUGAGAGCCAGAGGCUUAAGAGCUAAAGGCAAACACAACAGCAGCGAUGCGUUUGCUAUCAUCCAGCUGGGGAAGGAGAGAUACUGUACCUCAGUGCAGGAGCAGAGCCGGGAGCCCGAAUGGAAGGAGGAGUGUAUCUUUGAGGUACUCCCGGACUGGCUGCUGGAAGCUGAAGGAGGGGGACAUGCAGCAGGCAAGGAGCUGCUCAUCACCAUCAUGCACAGGUCGCUGCUGGCCAUGGACAAGUUCCUGGGACAGCUCGCCCUGCCCCUGGCUGCAGCCUACCAGCAGAAGACCAGCAGGAAACCCGAGUGGUACAGGCUGUCUUCGAAGCCUGGUCAGAAAGAAAAGGAGCGAGGAGAGAUUCAGGUGAUCAUAGAGUUUGUGCGCAAUAACAUGACAGCCAGCAUGUUCGACCUGUCUUCAAAGGAGAAGCCCCGCUCAGCAUUGGGCAAACUGAAGGACAGGGUGAAAGGCAAGAAGAAGCUCGAUAACCCUCUGAUGGCCGAGUCUGCGUCAGCCAUUGUGUCGAGCAGUGUGGGGCAGAUCAUCAGUGAUGAGGAAUUCAAUGAGAAGGAGACACUGCAGAAGAGGCCCAAGAAGGGCUUCUUCUCAAAACCAAAAUUACAUCGGUCAUCAUUGACAAAGUCCAACAGCUCCCUCAGCUCUCAGCAAAGUGUGAAGUCGCUGGAAAGUGUCAGCAGCAGCACUGGGCCUGUGACAGUAACAUCACCCAAAGCCACUGGAGCUCCGUCUGGGUUCCAUUCUCUGUUUAAUGAGACAAUAGAUGACAAUCCGUCCUUACCUAAGAAAAUGACGCACAAGAGGGCUCUUAGUGACGAAGUUGGCCAGACGAAUGUACCCAACAUCGAAGGCCUUGCACCGAAGACAAGCCCAUUGUCCAGGUCAUCGCUCUGCAUCAAUGGGAGCCACAUCUACAGUGAGGAGCCUGCCUCUAAAUCACCUUCUAAUUUAUUCCCAGAAUUGACGUCCCUGUCCCAUUCCUCCCAGGAUAUUGCAAGCAAGAAAGAGCCCCCUCCUUGGCCAUCUUCCCUGGAUGAGCCUGAGGCGACAUCCAGGGACACAACAAAGAUGGAGGCCAGGCUGAUCCCUCCAGUCAUCAGAGUGGCUGAUGAAGAAGGUGCUCCCGUCCUGACUGGAGACAGUCAGAAGAAGGAGGAAGUCAAAAGCACAUGGAGUCCCAAGCCCAUUCAUGCUGCAGCUCCCAUUAUCUCCACCGUCGAGCCAACAAAGAACAUCCCAGAUGAGACUAAGAAGGCCAGCAUUUUCCCCUUUGGAAGUGAGAGCAAAGAUUCCAAAAGCAAGAGAUCCCGGACUCCAUCACCAGUGAGGAAAUGCAGUUCUUUGGCGGAAAAGAGUAAAGGCAGUGGCUGGUUCGUGAAGGAUGCGAAUCCCAAACCAAGUUUAAACUUUGGGUCUCAAGGUGUACCUGAUGUGUCGGUUCCCUCCUCAAGUACAGCUGAUUCCAGUGAAAGCGAUUUGUUUGACUUGGCAAAGCCUAUUGCCAACGAAGAGGUUGCUGCCAGCCCACUUCCUGCCCCAGCUUCUACAAUGACCAGAGAAAGUACAAACUCCUUCCAAAGGCUAGAGACAUCAGAUCCAUUGGUCAACCCAGGUUCAGCCGAUGCUGAUGCUGAGGUUAAAGGUGAAGUAAUGCAUGCACCGUUAGCCCAAACAAGCGUCCUAUCAACGGUAGAUUUGAAAGUCACUGUCCCUUUCAAAACCAAACAAAUGAAAACGGUGUAUCAGGGAGAAGCUGAAUGUUCCUCCAUGUUCGUUCCAGCAGUUGAUCACAAGACUGUAGAUAUGAAUCCUUCGGUUCCAACUCCAAAUACCACAUCAAUCCAUGUCAACAAUUCAAGUGGCAGCACUUCGAAGAACAUCUCUGGACAGCAGGCCAACUCAAAACCCAAGAAUGAUGGCUCUUCCAAUAUAAUGCUGAAAGGAACCACGACAGACAAUGCAAAACCCUUAGAUAUUAGAACUUGCUCACUACAGGACACUACCCUUUCGCCAUCCAUUGAGCUGCCAUUCAAGGUGGAAGGUGGUAGCUCAUCUCCAAUGAUUCAAAAUGCUGCCCUUAACAAAGAAAGACAUGUUUCUGUACCAGAACUGAAAACUGAGCUUGAACCAAACACAGAAUGUGACUCUUGUUUCACAGACCAAGAAAAGAUUACAAACAAUCAUAAUGUGGAGAAACUGUCAGCACUGAAGGAAAGUGACAGAAACCCAAGGGAUACUGCCAAACACUCGGAGGGUUGUCAGCAUGUUGGAAAUUCUCCAUUAUCGGUAUAUGCACCAGAGGUCACUACAGAUGAGAGUGAUGGGACAACACGAGCCAAUAAUAGGAAAGCCAACAUUGUGCCUUUAUUCCAAGAUGGUGAGGAUAAUAUCCAAGGUAACGUUUGUCCAUUCAGUUCCCAAGGUUUUCUUGGCAAAGAUGACAAACAGUACUCUAAAUAUGGUCAAUGUGUUCUCACAGUGGAGCACAAAUUCCAGAAUGUAGACAUUCCCUGUGAGGAUGCAAAUGAGAGCCCAGAGACCAUUGAAGCUGAAAAAGAGAGGUCUGAAUUCCUCUUCAAAUCGGACUCUGAGUUUAUACGGAUUGGGCCUCCACCUCCCAAACCACCCAGAUCACUUGUUUGCACCAAUCUGGGUUUGGAAGAGAUGGUCCACUUGAUGAAGGAACAGAAAAGAGAAAAGGAGAUGCCAUUUGACCUUCCAGAAAGUUCAGCGCAGACUGUAAAUUUAGCGGAGCGACAGUCAGAUCAAAGGUUUGAACAAAAGGCCUCUCUUGUGGUCUCAUGCCCAGCUGUUGAUGAGGUAAAUCCUGAUCGGACUGAUUUUAUUGCUGCAGAGUCUGCCGCUAAGGAGCUUGUGGAUAAUAUUAGACCAUCAAAUGAUGUGGUAACUAAGGGAGAAGCCUCUUAUGGGACCGUUGAGUUGAGUGCAAAUGAGAGGACAGGGGUUGAGUACUAUAAGACCUGUCUUUCUGCACUCUCAGUGGAGGGAAUAAACACAUUGAUUGAUGAUGGAAAUUCAAACAAAUUGGAUGAUUUCCACCAACCUCUUUCUUUGGGGCUAAUUGAAGUCCACCAGGCUAAGCAACCUGUUAAAUUACAACCUAGUUUGUUGAAAACAACUGCUGCAGUGAACUCACUAGAGGCCAUCUCACCGGCAGAGGAGAAACCACCACCAGUCCAGAAGAGCUGCAAUGCAUUUCUGAAAGAGGAGGCCAGUUUGUUCUUGCCUGAUCAGACUGACCAGUCAGAGCAGGAGUUCAUAUCAGCCGUUGAGGAACUGCCGCACAAAUCCAGUCCUAUCUUGUCCGAGUGCACAAUGUCAUUGGGGAGUGAUAUUGAGUUCUCUGGAGAGCUGAAGUCUGAAAUGAGUGAAGCAGCUGGAAAGAGUAGGGGGGCUUCCACACUGACAAAUCCUGAGCAGACGCUAAUUGGGAACAUGGAAGUGGAAACUCAGAAUGGCCGAAACAUCAAGACUGUGUGUCAGAGUGUUGGGGUCAGGCCUUCCCCAUCCUGUGUGCCUGUGACACUUGGGGCAGAAAUGGAACAGCAAUCCAGAGGAGAAGAAGCCAACCUGGCUGAGCAUUCUCCGCCUGAUCUUUGUCCAUCUUUGACUGUACGAUUUGACUGGGGGCAGAUUUCAGAAAAAGCCAAUGGUGUGGCCUAUAAAAGUGAGCCUUCUGCCCAGAAUGUUGACCUCCAGUCUAUCAGCAAUAGUAGGCCAGUGACUGAGGAUCGUUCUUUAUCCGUACCCCAUGGCUACUCUGCUGCCUGUGACUCCUCCUUUAAGGGAGGACUGAGCUUUAAAGAACUUCAUUUAAAGGCUGCACCGCAUGCCCUUCCAGUCACUAAUUUUACUAGGGCACCGCUGGCCCAUCCUCCACCAAGUAACAAGCCUUUGGCCUUUUCUACCCCUUAUCCUGUGGCUGUAACUAACUCUAGAGUACCCAAUCUCCCCUCUCCCAUCUUCUUCCCUUCAAAUGUUAUUCCCCCGUCAGAGACCACACAGCCAGCAGUCACCCCCCAUCACUCGCUGCAGUCCAGUGGUUCGAAGGUGACGCCGCUUACGGUUUUGCCCCGGGAGACACAGCCAGCUGAGAUGCCUUCACCUCAGCAGAAAAUCAGCCCUCAUCCCGUGAAGCCAAUCAGCAAUACAGUGCAGAUUACAGAGAAGAAAUCUGGUCUGUCAGGGAUUGGCAGCACUUUAAGCAGCGGGCUUGAGAAACUGAAGAAUGUGACCACAGGAAGUAACAGUCCCACCAGAUCACCAACACCUGGUCAGGAGGAGCAGGAAGCAGUCAAGGAAUCCAAGCCCACUGACCCAGUCGCUCGUUACUACCACCUGACUCAUGAUGAACUCAUCAAAAUAAUUCUGCAGCAGGAGUUGGAGAUGAAGAAGAAGGAGGAACAUGUGCGCGAUUUAGAAGAAUACAUUGAUAUAGUGUUAGUGCAAGUCAUGGAGCAAAAGCCCAGCAUUCUCCAAGCAGUGAGUGAAAAGAUGAAGAACAAGGCAGUUAACAAAUGAUACAGCCUUGUGCCUUGUGACUGUAGAAGGGUUUCCUCUCUACCCCUUAUACUAGUAAAUGCUGGAACCAAAUAAUACAACAGAUUUAAUCAUUUUCCUGCUGUAGAUGCCCUGUGUUUUUAAAAUGAUUGUUCCAAGAGAGACAUUCAUAAUCCGCUAAAGAGAUGGUUAAAGGGGAACAUGACUUAGUCACACUUUAGCUGGAACAGUGUUUUCACAGUUGCAGCCAGAAGGCAAAUGCAGCUCUGAUUUGUUGGUUGGACAAGAGUCGGGAAUUAAAUUAGAGCAACCUAUAGUUAAUGGGCAUGAUCCUGCAGCAUCAAGCUUAUCCUAUAAUUCAGCACAGAUUGACAACAAAUUGUCAGUUUUAUUUACAGGCCACGGAUGUUUGCUGUGCAAAAUGUAAGUUCUGAAAGAGAAAAAUAUUUGGAGCUUGCACGUAAGGAGACUUCCCUCUGGUUGAAGCAAUGUUAACAGUAGUUUUAAACUGCAUAUAACCUGUGCUAUAUACCAGGUACCUGUGCCUUUGCAAGCAUGCAACAAGUCCCAUAAAAUAUGUUCAUUGUUUUUCAUUUAUACUCAUCUUCCAGCUAUCUGUUAGUACCCACUUUUUUGUACAAAAACCAAUGUCCUAUUUGUUUUUCUCAUCUGUUUUGGUUCUGUAACCAUCUGAUAUCUAGGAAUAAGAAAGCUUCUCUAUGCAAUUUAACUGUUAUUGAUGUGACAGAACUGAUAACCUUUCAAAAGAACAAUAACUGACCAGAUACUUUGCCACUGCCUAUUUCUUCCACUCACCAAUCAGUACUGGAGAAAUUGCAUUCAAGUGACUGCAGUUUCCUACUAUUCCCUCAUGGACUUGUGACUGUCUUUAUUUCUAGAAGUAAUAUAAUCCAACUAGUGUAUUGUGUCAGAGCCUGAACUGAUUGUUGCCUUAUAUCCACACUGGAGCACUUUCUGAUAAGGUUCAAAGGAUUGGAAUUAGGAGACUUCCCUGCUUCAUUUUACCCCUUUCCUCAUCCUGCACACGGAAGGUAACUGUAGUGUUUUUGACAACAGUUCAAUGAGCACUGCUGCUGGUUGGUCCUGGAGGCCCUUUGAAUAUCCAGUUUAAUAUAUUUUGAAUAAAUUUAAGUUAUCAAGCGAUUACAGGACAAUUUUGUUGCUGUUUCCCACUCCUAGGUCGCAUCCAACGUCUGCUUCCAUUUGCAAAACAAAACCUCCAAGUGAAUGAUGACUGUUGGCUAAAAUAAAAAUCAGAAAUUUUCGAAGUGAUAUUGUUAAGGAAGGGUUAUACGUGUACAAGCAAAAUUGCAUGUGUUUUGACAGGAACAGUAUGUCCCAAACAACAAAAUCGUCCUCAGGAAAGCAUCUACCUUAAAACUUCAGUUAUUUUUGUAAGAGUUGGUUAGUUUCUGUCUCAUAGUCGGAAUUUAUCGACAAAGAUUGUUUAAAGCACUGUAUAUAAAUAUUUCUCUUGCUAGUAUACUUCGUAUAAUCUUAACUCAGCUUCCAAAGUGAGUGUGUUCAGAAAUUGUACAUCUGUUCUGAAGCAAAUCCAUUGUGAUAAGCUGCUUCUAAAAUUUAAAUCUGAUCUAAUUUAAAAACUGAGUAAAACCUAAGGUUGAGAAGUUCAUUAUCCUGAAUGCUGGUGUUGCAGUACCUACUCCAUAUGGAUUCCUAUGUUAUAAGGUCCUAAAGGACACAGUCACUGCAACGCUCAAUCUGUAUCAUUAUCUAUAGAAUAACUCAUGGGCUGAAAGAAAAAGAAUUUGACAAAGAAAUUGAAUGUUUAUUUUCUGUGGAAUUGAAAUGUUUUCAACAGUAAUUUAUAUCAUGGAUUUAUUUUGAAGUGGAUAGGUUUGGAUUUGUUUUUUUUCUCUACUUCAUUAGCUGCCAUUGUGGAUAGGGAGUGUUCAAUGUAUAGGAUACUUACCCAUUUCUUAGACAGUCACAAUGCAUAGAAUCUCAACAUGUCCCUAUCCUAUUCAUGUCCGAAUGUAUAGAAUCUCAAUGUGCCCCUAUCCCUUUUGGUAUAGUAUCUCAAUACAUCUUACCCUAUUUUAGAUUGAAGAGAACCCUGUCUAAACUCUUCUACCUUUAUGUAAUUAAAACAAAACUCUGCUUUCAGAAAGUGAAGAUGGAGCUUUAAAAAAAUGCUGCUUGUUAAUAAAGUUACAUGAAAUAAUCAA